UGGUGCAUUCAUGCAGAGAGAGAGAGAGAGAGAGAGAGAGAGAGAGAGGAGAGGGAGAGGAACCUGCAUUGAUGCGAGAAAACAGAAGAGAAGUCACCAAAAAGCCGUAAAGACAGAAUAGUCUUGUUGCGUUGCUUGCUGGUAUCUCCAUUUGAGCAGCUGGCUCUUAAGGACCUAUGAGGAACGAUUUUCAAUUCAACCUCUUAGUAAGACCUUGUCUUGUUUUUUGCCUUCUCUUAAGAACGUUAUAAAUCAUAAUAUAUGACAUUAGAUAGUUGAAGACGCCUACGGGAUUCAUUGGUGGCAAUGGAGAAUCUGCAAAGAAUAUCCAAGCCAGACUUUGAAGAAAUCCCACACACUCAUACAGACAAGUGACGGCAUUAUUCAAGCGGAUAAUCAGAAAAUUGGAGAUAAUAAUGUUCAUUUGGAGGGACCCUUCUGUUUUUUAGUCCACAUAAUACUAUGAAUUAACCAUAGUUCACUCUUAUUUUAGCUUAAUUAUAAGCCCAUCAUCUGCAAUAACGAAGAGUCAAUGCAUUGUGCAGAAAUAUAUUUAAGUAACAACACGUCGCAGAACAAGAGUGCAUUUAUGAUUCCUAGACACCAAAUUGUCUCUUGUUGCCUAAGCCAAUAGUAUUUUUUUUCUUCCUUUUUGGUUCUAUUGGCUGUUCAACCAAUUCGUUAGCUCCAAUGGGAAUUUCUUGUGCAUAGAAUUGGCACCUUCCGAAGGCCAAAACAAGACAAACCCGGCCAUUUUCUGAGCAUUCCCAACUCCAUAAAUCAGUCAUUGAAUCCUUCUCACCAUGAGCCCAUCACUGUUUCUCAUAAUAAGCUCCUUGCAAAAAUUAUUUUCGGCAUGGCAGAAGGAGGCCAAGCCAUUUUCUCAGCUCUUGACAAUGCAAAGACUCAGGGUUACCAUUUCAAGGCCAUCCUUAUUGCUGGCAUGGGAUUUUUUACUGACGCUUAUGAUCUUUUCUGCAUAACUGCUGUGUCCAAACUCAUAGGCAGACUGUACUACUAUGACCCCACAACUGGCAACCCAGGUGCUUUCCCAAAGGACAUAAAAAAUGCUGUAACCGGGGUGGCUUUAUUUGGAACGCUAGCAGGGCAGCUCUUCUUUGGCUGGCUUGGUGACAAACUUGGCAGGAAGAAAGUUUAUGGGAUCACCCUUGUCACCAUGGUUGGGUGUGCCAUAGCGUCUGGCCUCUCCUUCGGUUUCACUGCUAGAAGUGUGAUUGGUACCCUGUGCUUCUUCCGCUUCUGGCUGGGGUUUGGCAUUGGUGGAGACUAUCCGCUUUCGGCUGUGAUCAUGUCCGAAUAUGCUAACCAAAAGACCCGAGGAGCAUUUAUUGCUGCAGUCUUUGCAAUGCAAGGAACGGGAAUACUUGCUGCGGGACUUGUAGCAAUGAUUGUCUCCAAGGCAUUCUUAGUUGCUUAUCCAGCUGACCCAUUUAGUGUCAAUCCGGUGCUAUCGACUCAGCCACAAGGAGAUUUUGUUUGGCGGAUUGUGCUUAUGUUUGGAGCGGUCCCUGCUGCUUUGACCUACUACUGGCGUCUGAAAAUGCCAGAAACUGCUAGGUACACAGCAUUGGUUCGGGGAGACCAAAAAAAGGCUGCCGCUGAUAUGGCCAAAGUCCUUGAAACAGACGUAGGUGUUGCAGAAACAAAUACCGAGGUUGGCCUCAAAUCAUCUUAUGGAUUAUUCUCUCCUGAGUUUAUGAAGAGGCAUGGAGCUCACCUACUCGGGACUUCCACUACCUGGUUCUUGCUGGAUAUAGCCUUCUAUAGUAUCCAGCUCACCCAGAAUGACGUCUAUCCGGCUAGUGGACUGUUGCAUAAAGCCUCGUCAAUGAAUGCUAUUGAAGAGACGUUCCGACUAUCUAGAGCCAUGUUCCUGAUAGCACUUUUUGCAACUGUUCCAGGAUACUGGUUCACUGUCUUCCUUAUUGACAGGAUCGGACGCUUUAUAAUCCAGCUUGGUGGCUUUCUUAUGAUGUCAAUUUGCAUGGCAAUUCUUGGAUUUCGCUAUUAUGAUCUUAGGGGAAAGAAGUGCCAUGAAAGUAAGACCAAGGACUAUUGUCAUGGACACACUGCAGUGUUCAUCAUUCUCUAUGGCCUUACUUUUUUCUUUAGCAACUUUGGACCCAAUAGUACAACAUUCAUAAUACCGGCGGAGAUAUUUCCUGCAAGGUUCCGUUCAACUUGCCAUGGGAUCUCUGCAGCUGCAGGAAAAGCAGGUGCUAUCAUAGCUGCAUUUGUGUUCCAGACAUACACUCAAAAUGACAAAAAUAUUAAGCGGGUAAUGGUCGCACUUGCUGUGGUGAACAUGAUUGGGUUUUUCUUCACUUUCUUGCUGCCAGAAACCAAGGGCCGCUCUCUUGAAGAGAUUUCUGGAGAGGACAAAGAUUUUGGUGACAAAAAGGUCAAUCCUAAUGGGACUGAAUGGGUUCCAGAAAGUGAAGUGGUUUAGUUACCUGCAGAUAUUGUCAAAUCCUUUUCUCUGGGAGUAUAGGUAGCGGGCAUCAUCUUCAAUCAAAACCACAUAUAACAGACAGAAAAACUGAUAAAAGUGAAUAAAAACAUGCCAGUAUUUGCUUAUCUUCCUUCGAGGGAAAAUGAUCUGGAGUCUCUUUAAGAUAGUAAUAGCUAAUGUGUGGCUAUCAUCUUUGUUUAUUGUCUUCUUCUGCUUAGGGUUCCAAGUCUCUGUCGUUUUGAAUAAAACAAUUUGCUUAUUUGAUCAACCGAACCCAAGAUUAAUGAUUGACGAUCCUGGAGUACCUUAUGUAGCAUGUAAAAUUGCAAUAAUGAUCAAAUAAAGGCAGUCCCAGAACUUACAGAAUGCUUAUCUAUUUCCUUUUCUUUUAUUUAUAUCACCAC